UUCUCUUGCAUUGAAUCUUUUCCUGAAUUGUAGAACUUAGUUCUGUGUUUUCUCUAAAGAACAUGGCUUGUACUGAUAUUAAAGUAAAGGAACUAGACAAACGUUCUUCAGGCCAAGCUUUUGAGAUUAUUUUGAGCCCUACAGCUGAAGCAAUUCCAGAGUUUCCCCUUUCUCCCAAGAAAGAUCGAUCACUUGAAGAUCUUCAAAAAAAAAUGGAAGCUGCAGAAAACAGACGAAAGUCACAUGAAGCAGUGGUUCUGAAGCAGUUGGCUGAAAAACAGGAACAUGUAAAGGAAGUGCUUCAGAGAGCAAUUGAAGAAAAUAACAAAUUCAGCAAAAUGGCAGAAGAAAAGCUGAUUUCCAAAAUGGAGCUCAUUAAGGAAAAUCGUGAGGCCCAGUUAGCUGCUAGGCUUGAGCGCCUUCGUGAGAAGGACAAGCACCUAGAGGAAGUGAGAAAGAACAGAGAGAGCAAGGAAACUGAAGAAAUGGUUCAACAAUGUCUGCCCUAGUAAUUGAAUGUAUUCAAAUAGUUUUUAAAGAGCACUUGCAGCCAAAGUGUUGAGUGCAACUCUUUUACAAUACUAUUAAAAUUGGUGGCCAAGAAUAAGAACAUACAUAGUUUUUGA